UCGGCUCGCGGGAGGCGCUGGGCGCCGGGGCUGGCGCGCUCUGCCGGGCGCACACACAUAUCCACGCACGCACGCCCAGAGCAGCUGUCUCCGCCGUGGCCGGCGCUCCUCUCGCCCAUGCGGACAGACAGAGCGCAGGAAGAUGGCUGACGACUCCUUCGGGCCCCGAGGAUGCAGCCCGGCGGCGGCGGGAGCGGGAGCGGCGGUACCGGCACCGGCAGCGGCAGCAGCAGGAGCGGCGGCGGCGGCGGCAGGAGCGGCGGCGGCCGCAUCCCCGAGACUCCCCGGGCUACCCUUCCCCGUGACGGCCACUGACGGUCUCCGCCGCUAGAAGAGACCCCGCUCCUCCUUCGCCUGUCUCCCUCCCCCCGCCCCCAACCCCUAAGCCCCGGACCCGCCAGCACCGCUACCUCUGCCAGCGUUGCCACCAUCAGCACCACCUCCACCUCCGCCACCGCCACUGCCACCGCCACCGCCACCACCACCACCGCCGGCGGCGGCAGCAGCCAUUUCAUCUCCACAGAAACCAGACACAAAAACAUGGCAGAAAUGGAGAAAGAAGGAAGACCUCCGGAAAAUAAAAGGAGCCGGAAACCGGCUCACCCCGUGAAGAGGGAGAUUAACGAGGAGAUGAAGAACUUUGCAGAAAACACCAUGAAUGAGCUCCUCGGCUGGUACGGCUACGACAAGGUUGAAUUAAAAGACGGUGAAGAUAUUGAAUUCAGAAGCUACACUACUGAUGGCGAGAGCCGGCAGCACAUUUCUGUUCUCAAAGAAAAUUCUUUGCCAAAACCAAAAUUACCCGAGGACAGUGUUAUUUCUUCCUACAAUAUGAGCACAGGCUAUUCAGGCCUUGCCACUGGGAAUGGGCUCAGUGACUCACCUGCAGGGUCAAAGGACCACAGCAAUGUGCCUAUUAUUGUACCUUUAAUCCCACCACCUUUCAUAAAGCCGCCGGCAGAAGAUGAUGUGUCAAAUGUACAAAUAAUGUGUGCCUGGUGCCAGAAAGUGGGAAUCAAGCGCUAUUCCCUGAGUAUGGGAAGCGAGCUGAAAAGCUUCUGCAGUGAGAAGUGUUUUGCGGCCUGCCGGAGAGCCUACUUCAAAAGAAACAAGGCUAGAGACGAAGAUGGACGUGCUGAAAGUUUUCCCCAGCAGCACUAUGCUAAGGAAACUCCAAGGCUUGCCUUCAAGAGUAACUGCGAACUACUUGUGUGUGACUGGUGUAAGCACAUAAGGCAUACAAAGGAGUACCUGGAUUUUGGGGACGGGGAAAGAAGGCUUCAGUUCUGCAGUGCAAAAUGUCUCAAUCAAUACAAAAUGGACAUUUUCUACAAAGAGACACAGGCCAAUCUUCCAGCUGGGCUGUGCAGCACAUUACACACUCACAUGGAAAGUAAAGCAGAAGGCACCGGGGUGCAGCUGCUCACUCCAGACUCUUGGAAUAUCCCGCUAACAGAUGCUCGGAGGAAGGCCCCCUCCCCCGUGGCUGCAGCUGGCCAAAGCCAGGGCCCUGGCCCAUCCUCGUCCACCACCGUCUCUCCAUCUGACACUGCCAACUGCUCUGUCACUAAAAUCCCCACGCCAGUGCCCAAGUCCCUCCCCAUCAGCGAGACUCCAAGCAUCCCUCCCGUCUCGGUCCAGCCACCCGCUAGCAUCGGACCUCCACUGGGCGUCCCGCCUCGCAGCCCUCCCAUGGUGAUGACUAACCGUGGUCCCGUGCCGCUGCCCAUCUUUAUGGAGCAGCAGAUCAUCCAGCAGAUCCGCCCGCCCUUCAUCCGCGGGCCCCCGCACCACGCCUCCAACCCUAAUAGCCCCUUGUCCAACCCCAUGCUCCCGGGCAUUGGACCCCCGCCCGGCGGCCCCAGGAACUUGGGCCCCACUUCCAGCCCCAUGCACCGACCCAUGCUGUCGCCCCACAUCCACCCCCCAAGUACCCCUACCAUGCCUGGGAAUCCCCCAGGGCUGCUGCCCCCGCCGCCCCCGGGCGCACCCUUGCCCAGCCUUCCCUUCCCUCCGGUUAGCAUGAUGCCAAACGGCCCGAUGCCGGUACCCCAGAUGAUGAACUUCGGGCUGCCUUCGCUUGCCCCGCUGGUGCCACCCCCCACGCUGCUCGUGCCGUACCCAGUGAUCGUGCCCCUGCCGGUGCCCAUCCCUAUCCCUAUCCCUAUUCCCCACGUCAACGAUUCCAAGCCCCCCAACGGAUUCUCCAGCAACGGCGAGAGCUUCGUUCCGAGCGCCCCGGGCGACUCGUCGGCGACAGGAGGCAAAGCCGGUGGACGAUCCUUGUCCCCCCGGGACUCCAAGCAGGGCUCGUCCAAGUCAGCCGACUCGCCGCCGGGAAGCUCCGGCCAGGCUCUGAGCUUAGCGCCAGUGGAACGCGGCCGUGGGGAGGUGGUGGACCUGACCCGGCGUGCCGGCAGCCCCGCGGGCGUGGGAGGCCAGCCCGGCUUCGCGGGCGCGCUGCACGGCCCACAGGACGGCGUCAUCGACCUAACCGUGGGCCACCGAGCCCGGCUGCACAACGUGAUCCACCGCGCGCUGCACGCUCACGUCAAGGCGGAGCGCGAGCCGGGCGCCGCGGAGCGCAGGACCUGCGGCGGCUGCAGGGACGGCCACUGCAGCCCUCCCGCCGCCGGCGACCCCGGUCCAGGCGCCCCCGCGGGCCCCGAGGCUGCCGCCGCCUGCAACGUCAUAGUGAAUGGCACCCGCAGCGCCCCGGCCGAGGCCAAAAGCGCAGAGCCGCCGCCCGAGCAACCGCCGCCCCCCGCACCUCCCAAAAAGCUGCUGUCGCCCGAGGAGCCCGCGGUGAACGAGCUGGAAUCGGUCAAAGAAAACAACUGCGCUUCCAACUGCCACCUGGAUGGGGAGGCGACCAAAAAGCUCAUAGGGGAGGAAGCCCUGGCGGGGGGCGACAAGUCGGACCCGAACCUCAAUAACCCCGCGGACGAGGACCACGCCUAUGCUCUGCGGAUGCUGCCCAAGACCGGCUGCGUGAUCCAGCCUGUGCCAAAACCCGCAGAGAAGGCUGCCAUGGCGCCGUGCGUCAUCUCCUCGCCUAUGCUCAGCGCCGGCCCCGAGGACCUGGAGCCGCCGCUCAAAAGGAGGUGCCUCCGAAUUAGAAACCAGAAUAAGUAAAAGGUUUGUAUGUCCACCUGGGCGCUCCUCCAAGAGCCAGUGGCCCUCGCCUUGCUUCUUAGAAGGCGGAGGCGAGACGAUGCCAUCACGAUUCUGUACCCUACCUCUUUCACCACCGUGCACUUUGUGUGGCCAGGUAUCAUGGACGUUUCGAUCCAACACCUGUGAUACCUGGCAGUAUUGUUUAGUACAUCACUAUUAGUUUACAGCCGAGAGGCAGCUAAGGCCCAAGAUCACCCAAGCCCUUGAACCUGAGUUCAAAACACACUGUCUUUUGUUGCACGUUAUUUUUCGUCUUUUCGGGUUCGCAUACCUAUUUACCCCUACUGGAAAGGGGAGUGUGGAAAGGAAGGUUACUUUGGGAAUCUUAAUGUUCAGUCAUGAGGUUGCAGGGCAGUAUUGAAAUGUCUGGGGACUCCAUCAGCUAGCUGGUCAGA